UUUCGUUUUCCCGUACACAAAUAAAAAAUAAAAGCAUCCCAAAAAACAAAGAAAGCAUCAGCUUUUUUCUUUUCUCCCAAUGUUUUGUCAUUUUUAUCAGUGUCAUUUUUCACUGCUUUCACUUGUUCAAGCUCAACUCUUUUUCCCCAAAACCCUGAGAAUCGUUUUUCAAUAUUUCCCCCAGAUUUUUCCCUGAUCAAAAUCAUCUCUUUCCUCUUUAAACCCUUACAAAAAUCGUAUUCAUUUAACUUGUAAGUCUCAAUUUUUGUUGUCUUUAUCUUUCUUCACUCAACAUUUCAGCUUAAUUUUGUUGGCAAAUGUUCAACACUUGCAUGGUUGAAGAAAUUUAUUAUUUUUGAGGAAAAUCCGAGGCCUUGAAUUCAUAGUCCAAUUUCUGGGCACAAUUUUAGUUUUGAAGAGUUGUCGAGUUCGUAUUGUGAUUGCGAAGAGCUGAGAAUUCCAUGGCUCAUAGUUCUGAAGAGGACACUGACAUUAGUGAAUCUGAGAUAGAUGAGCAUGGAGAUAAAACUUUUGAAGAGCUUAAGAAGGGAAGUUCUGAGCUGAAGGUAGCAGAAGAAAAGUACACGUGUCCAUAUUGCCCAGGGAAGAGGAAGCGAGAUUAUCAAUACAAGGAGUUACUUCAGCAUGCAUCUGGGAUUGGCAAUGCUAACUCAAAGAAGAGAAGGGCGAGGGAGAAAGCGAAUCACCUUGGCUUAGCAAAAUUUUUGGAAGAGGAGGUGCAAAAUCAAGCUAGCUCAUCGAAGCAGGUUAACAAUGGUGAUGCUCCCAUUGCUGGCGGUGACCAUGAUGACAAGUUUGUUUGGCCUUGGACAGGAAUAGUGGUAAAUAUACCUACUCUGCACAAGGAUGGCCGGUAUGUGGGGGAAAGUGGUUCAAAGUUGAGGGAUGAGUUGCGAGCUAGAGGGUUCAACCCCAAGAGAGUCCAUCCCUUGUGGAAUUUCAGAGGCCAUUCUGGUACUGCGGUAGUGGAAUUUAACAAAGAUUGGAUGGGUUGGAACAAUGCCCUAGCUUUUGAGAAAGAGUAUGAAUUAAAUCAACAUGGUAAACAGCACUGGCAGGCAAAGGAUACUGAAAAAUCUGGUCUAUACGCGUGGGUAGCACGUGCUGAUGAUUAUAAUUCACCUGGGAUUAUUGGGGAGCACUUGCGAAAGAUUGGAGAUGUGAAGACUGUAUCUGAGAUGCAGGCUGAAGAAGCCCGUAAAAGGGACAAGCUUGUCUCAAAUCUGACAAACGUGCUGGAGUAUAAGAAGAAGAGUUUGCUGGAAAUAGAGUCGAGAUUUAAUGAGACCUCCAUUUCCUUCAAUAAGUUGGCAGAAGAGAAAGACAAGCUUCAUCAGGCAUAUAAUGAAGAGAUUAAAAAAAUUCAGCUGAGCGCUCGAGAUCACUUUCAGAAGAUUUUUAAUGACCAUGCAAAGCUCAAGCAGCAACUAGAGUCUGAGAAAACGGAGCUUGAGGUCCGUGUGCAUGAGUUAGAGAAGCGUGAAGCAAAAAAUGAAAAUGAAAGAAAAAAACUUCAAGAGGAUGUCGAAAAGAAUGCUGUGAAGAACAAUUCACUGCAGCACGCAGCAAUAGUGCAACAGAAGGCUGAUGAGAAUGUGAUGAAGCUGGCUGAAGAGCAAAAGAAACAAAAAGAGGAUUUACACAAGCGAAUAUUGCAACUUCAGAAUCAGCUGGAGGCGAAACAAGCUCUCGAGCUGGAAAUUGAGCAGCUAAAAGGAAAAUUAAAAGUUAUGGAGCAUGUGGCAGAUAAAGAAGAAAUACAACAGGUUGAGGCAAUACAAAAAGAUCUGCGAGAAAAAGAAGAAAGUCUAGAGGGGGUGGAAUCUUUAAAUCAAACUCUCAUUGUGACGGAGCGCAUGAGCAACGAGGAGCUCCAAGAAGCUCGCAAGGAAUUAAUAAAUGGUUUGAAAGACAUGUCAAAUCGUGGUUAUCUUGGUGUCAAAAGAAUGGGAGAAUUAGAUAGUUCGGUUUUCCAGGAAGCUUGCAAGAGAAAAUAUCCUGAAGACAUUGCUGAAGAUAAAGCUGCAGAGAUCUGUUCAUUGUGGGAUGAGUAUCUUAGGGACCCCACAUGGCAUCCUUUUAAGGUGGUUCCGGUCCAUGGAGAGCAUAAGGAAGUAAUAGAUGUCGCGGAUGAGAAACUAAGAGACCUGAAGAAAGAGUGGGGUGAUGAUGUAUAUGAUGCUGUAACAACUGCUUUAAAGGAAAUUAACGAGUACAACCCGAGUGGGAGAUACAUAAUUACUGAACUGUGGAAUAACAGAGAAAGCAGGAAAGCUACAUUGCAGGAAGGAGUAUCAUACAUUUUGAACAAAUGGAAGGACUACAAGGGCAAAAGGGGUUAAACUGGAGGCUGAAGCACUUGAAGCAUUGGGUGUAUCAGAUUCACAUGUAGAGACAUAUCAGUAAAGAGGAAAUGGUUCCAUGACAAUAAUAUGAUUUCAAAUGCCAAUUUUUCAUCUUUCCCAAACCCUGUAAACCAGGCGCUUAGUUACCGUCUUUGUUGGUCUGGUUCAGACAUUUAUUAUGGCGAGGUUAGCCCAGGAAAUGCUCUUUGGGUAUGAAACUUUAGACCAUAACAUUCCCAGUUUGGACUGUAUUUAUGUGUGGCAGAAAGCAGGCUAUAUUAGUCUGUUCGAUUUAUAAAACUUGCUUGGUAAAGCUGUCUAAUUUA